CAAAAUCCUUCCUUUUCACUUUUUGUAUCGACGAAAGGCGUUUUCUCCGAGUCCUUAACAAAACUUGAUUACCUUUCAAUCAAUCAUAGCUUCUUUUGGAGCUUACCACUCACCACCAUCGAUCACCAGCUCCACCAUCAUAAUCCACCCCUUUGAGACAUACACCAUGCUUACAAAGCUGAAAUUAAGUUAAGCAGCAGGCGACCGUGCAAAGUCUAGUAAGCCACCCAAAAGUGAGCAGCAGCAACCAACAACUGAACCUACCCUGCUCUGCUCACACUGUCAGCCGAUGCUGAUCACCUCCUUCCAAUCAAUCAACCUGCCAUUGCUGUACAUGAGCCACACCACCAUCUGAGCUCAUAUAUAAACCCCCUCCCCACCCGCUGCCGCGACCUCCUCCCAGCCAUUUCGAUCGAUCAAGGAGAGCAAAGAGGGGAUGUCGGUGAUCAAGGAUUGUGGGGGGCACAAGGGGUGCGAGUGCGAGAAGGAGAAGGUGCACCGGCGGCUGUGCUGGGCGCUGGUGGCGCUGGUGCUCCUGACGCUCUUCAUCGUGCUGGUGGUGUGGCUGGCGCUGCGGCCGCACAAGCCGCGGUUCUACCUGCAGGACCUGUCCGUGCUGUGCCUCAACGUGACGCCGCCGGCGUCCGCCUACCUCUUCACCACCAUGCAGGCGACGGUGGCGGCGCGCAACGACAACGGCCGCGUGGGCGUCUACUACGACAAGGUGGACGUGUACGCGCAGUACAAGGACGUGGCCAUCACGGUGCCGACGAGGCUCCCCGUGGAGUACCAGGGCCACUACGACCAGUCCGUCUGGUCCCCCUUCCUCCAAUCGCUCGACCACGUCGUCCUCCCCCCCAACCUCGCCGUCGCCCUCGCCCAGGACGAGACCGCCGGCUACGUCCUCGUCGACAUCCGCCUCGACGGCUGGGUCCGAUGGAAGGUCGGCACCUGGAUCUCCGGCCACUACCACCUCCGCGUCAACUGCCCCGCCCUCCUCACCGUCAACGACGGCAAGGGCAGCUACGGCGUCAACUACGGCGGCGGCGAUGGCUACUUCCGCUUCCAGCAAGCAGCUGCAUGCGCCGUCGAUGUCUAGCUGUGUCUUCUUUCUUCAUUUCCUCCUCCUCCUUCUCUUCUUCUUUUUAAUUAGUUUCACGGCUUCUCUUCUUCUUCUUGCUUAAUUUUUCUCACCGGAAUCAAUCAUCUCAUAUCAAUGAAGAAAAACCGAUCGAUGAUAGUACUAGCUUCUUAAUUUAGACCGUAGUUGGUUUGGAGCUAGUGUAGCUUGGAGUGAAAGGGAAAAUUGGGGUAUUCUGAAAAGAUGCAUAAUAGACGUACAGCUGGGAGUAGACGUGAAGUGUCUGCAUAAUUCGAUUUGCAUUUGGCAAUAAUUAUAUUCCAAUGUGAGUACAUCAAUAAUUAAAAAAAAUGUUCAUAUGUA